AUGAAGCGCCAAUGAACGAGGAAGCAAGAACCCACACACUGCUACUAAGUUAAAAAGGACCAUAAAAAGAAAGAACGGAGAGAGACCCAAAAUGCCUAAAACAAUACUACGAAACAAGAGCAACUUCGGAUUCGAAGCCACCUCAUGGGUUAAAAUUAACCAAUCCUAAGUUGCCUCAUCGGUAAUCUCUGUUUGCAUGUUCUACACUUUGCUAAAGACUCCUAAGCUUGGGUGUGGAGAGUUGUUAGUGGAGCAAACAAUGUUUGUUUGCUCUAGGGCUAUAGAUGGGAAUUUCUAUUAUGUGGGUAUGAUAUGAAAAUCUGCAAAAGCACAGAGAUUGAGCGAAAAGUGAAAGUAAUAGUUUUUAGUUUCUGGAGUUUUUGGAUUUUGUGACUCAUAUUGUGUUUAAAAUGGCUGUCAAUGAGAUUGAGCUGGAGGAACAGCUUAAGGAGGUUGGGAAUAGGCUCCUAGACCCUCCGUCAUCCAUUGAUGACCUUCUUAAUAUGCUUGACAAUCUUGAAUGUUUGCUCAUAAAUGUGGAACAAGCACCAUCAAGAUCAAUGCAAGAUGCACUUCUAUUGCCCAUGAAGGCCUUGAUUUCUAAUGCACUUUUGAGGAACUCAGAUGCAGAUAUUAAGGUUUCAGUUGCAUCUUGCAUUAGUGAGAUUACAAGAAUUACAGCACCUGAUGCUCCUUACAGUGAUGAUCAUAUGAAGGAAAUUUUUCAGUUGACUGUAGCAGCUCUUGAAAAAUUGUCCCAUGUAUCUAGUCGCUGUUAUUCAAAGGCAGUUUCAAUUCUUGACACCAUUGCUAAGGUCAGAUCGUGCUUGGUGAUGAUGGACCUGGAGUUGGAUGAGCUAAUUGUAAAGAUGUUCAAUCACUUCCUAAAGACCAUUAGGUCCAACCAUCCACAUGCUGUAUUUUUGGCCAUGGAAACAAUUAUGACCCUGAUCAUAGAUGAAAGUGAAGAUAUACCAGUGGCUCUCCUCACUCCCCUUUUAUCGAGUGUAAGAAAGGAAAAUCAGAAUGUUUCUCCUGUUGCAUGGAAGCUCGCGGAAAAAGUUAUCACUAAUUGUUCUCCUAAACUUCAAUGCUAUCUGAAGGAAGCGGUGCAGUCCAAAGGCAUAGCUUUGGAUGAGUAUUCUCCAGUAGUUGCUUCUAUAUGCCAGGAUGAAUCUCGUACUCUUGAGCAUGAUCAUGUCAAGGGUGGUGGGGAUCAUUUGGUGAUGAAAGGGUUAUCACUAAUAACUGCUUCCCCUGGAGAAGUUUUCCCAGCUAAGGAUGGUAUUCCUAAGUUAACAAGUAGCCAUGGAAAUGCCUCAACAAAAAAUUCUGACAACAUCAUAAAUUAUAGUUCUUCAAAAACACUGGAGAAUUGUUCUCUUACCCAGAACACUGAAACUGCUGAUGUACAAGGCAAUGCUGAAGGUGAAGUCAAGUUGGAAAUCGAGCCAGACAGUAAUGCAAGAAAAAGGGGGCGGAAACCAAAUUCUUUGAUGAAUCCAGAGGAAGGCUACGAUCAUGCUUGGAUUCCUGCAGGAAGAAAAAUUGCAAAACUAACCCGUGAGAGAAAACCUCGUGACAAGGAAGUGCAUUUAAGAUCAGAAGAUCCAGUUACUAAUAAGGCAGAUUUGUUAUCAGCACAUGUGACAGAAAUUAUGGGAUUGGCACCACAAACUGGUGUUGUCUCAGGUGCUUCUUCCCCAUCACCAAGUCAAAGCGUACCGGGUGAAAGUCAUCCUAAAAGAGGCCGGGCAAAGAAAAUUGCAAGCUCUAUGAAUAGAGAUGGUGAUUCUAGUUCCUUAAGAUUAUCAAAGGGACAGGUGUUAAAUAGUGCAAAUGAGAAGAAAGCUCGAACUGAAGAUGCAGUAAAUUUUGGUAAGCACUAUGAAGGAAGAAGUAACUCACAAGUAAAGCAACGCAAGCGCUCAAGAAAAAUGGAGCUUACUACAAAGACUGCUGAAGAGACAUCUCUGCCUUUGGCACAUAUGUUGCCAGAUGAUAAAACUGGGUCCCUGAGCGAACCUGCGGAAAAACCACUGCAUCAGUCAACCAAGAUAGGAGCAAGGAAUGUCAACAAAGAGAGCUCAUUAGUCCAAAUUGAUAUUAGGAAAAGAAGUUUAUUGAGUGUUAUUCCAGAUGUGGAUGUUGCUAAAACAUCUAGUGUUAAGAAAACUAAAUCCUCUGAUAGAGAUGGAAGUGACGAGGAAGAAAUUCCUAAAACAAAUCUGAAGAGGAAGCGUACACCAAGGAAGGAAGUGCCUCCUGAAACUCCUGAUAUUGGUCAGCAAUUGGUUGGUAGAAGAAUAAAAGUUUGGUGGCCACUAGACAAGAUGUUUUAUGAAGGAGUUGUUGAUUCCUAUGACCCUAUUAGAAGGAAGCACAGGGUGUUGUAUGCUGAUGGGGAUGAAGAGAUACUCAAUCUUAAAAAGCAACAGUGGAAGCUAAUUGGAGAUGAUAUUUUCCCUGAUGAAGAGGAUCGAGAUACUGGUAUUCCAAAAGUUGAUACUUCAUUUGACAAACCGCAAAAAGGAAAGGCAAAAGUGAAGUCAGAAUCGGCCAAACAACUGAGGGUUGAUUUGAAAAGGAGUGGAGCCACUAGCAUUUCCAAGAGAAAAGCUAGAACAUCAACCAGAAAAUUGGCAGCUGGUAAAACGCAGGACGAACCUAGUCUCGCUGACAAAGCCAUUAAUGAUAUAUCUAGGCCUGACAGCAACUCAGAAGGUAAUGUUCAAGAAUCUACUGGCAAGUUGAAGAUCAGAGGUCCAAAGGCCAGCAUCAAAUCCGAGCAUACAACCCUAGAAACAAGUUCAUCCAGUGAUGGAACACCUAAAGGUGGCAAUGUAUUUCGUGUUGCUGCCAUACUGGAAGAAGAAUACUCGAAACGACCAAGUAGAAAUGAGCAAGAAAGUGAAGAAAGAUCUUCAGAAUCAACUGACACUAAUUAGAUACUAAUUAAAGUAUGUAUAGAGAUGAAAAACGGUUGAAAGGCUAAGAAGCUUUGCUAAGUUUUGGUCGAGUACAGGAGCAGUGUCUCAGUUAUGGUCUCUCUGUGCCUUUGAUUAAUAUUUUUGUGAUCAUGAUGUACAUGCAGAUGCAGUGUUUUGAGGGUUGUGAUGAAUCAAAGGUGGCAAACCAAUAGUUAUUCUAAUUCAUUGAUCAUAGUUGUGAUGAAUCAAGGGUGGCAAACCAAUAGUUAUUCUAAUUCAUUGAUCAUAAUUUUAAAAGGUAA